ACAUACACGUACAAACAGUCAGUAUAAAGAGGCAGCAAGUGUCGUGCGCCUUGACUGAGUGCAAAAGCUGAGAAAAUGAAGGCCAAGAUAUUGGUGUUGUUGUUCGUAUUUUGCUAUACAGAAUGUCGCAAGACAUAUCCACCAGUGGACAAAAAUGCCAACAUUGCGUUCAUCAACAUGGAAGGUGGUGGCGGUUCGAAGCCCUCUGGAAAACAACAGCCAACUGUACCAUCUAGUGGUCCAGCCGCUCCACCAGCUAAGUCCCCUGUACCAUCACAACACGGUGGCACAAAUACUGCUCCACAAACCACCAUCAAGCCGGCAGUUCCUCCCGUGACGACAAAGCCUCUCUCUUCUCCUACUCCCACUCCAAUAAAACCUAGUGGUCAGAUUAAGCCUGUACCUGUAAAUCCGAAACCAGUUGUAAAUCCUAUCACAACUCCUGGACCUGGUACUGUAAAACAACUGGUCAAUUUUUAUGACAGCCAAGGAAAAGCUAGCCCUAUUCGUCCUUACAGCUAUAGUCAAGCUGUUAAGCAGGGUUAAGAUAUUAUAUUAUCCAUGGGAAUAUGUAUUGCAUUGAUUAAUUUAAUUUUCUCUCCUAAAUAGAUGAUUUAAAAAAGAGCUAUAACUUACCUAGUUAAUGUUUUUUACAAAUAAAUAUAUUUAUACAUGACUGACUAUAACAAUUUUUAUUGUACUAUAUUAAUAAAAUCAAGCGUGAAU